AUGGGAGAUCAGGACAGCUUGGCAGCUAUUUGCCGUGCGAGCUUCCCGGAGAGCCGAAGUUGGAGGUGGAAGCUCUGGAGCCCCAACGACAGCGUGUGGUACGAACGCAUCCGAGAGCUGUGGGAGGACUGGCCCUUGAGCGGAUCAAACGUAAGUUUGGUAGCGGAGCCCUACGGGGCUCGCUGCCGGUCCGCCAUACGGACCUCGCUUACGUGGCUGCCAGCCGUUGACGCGGCUUGCCUCGUAAGCGGGGCUGGACUGGGGCGACUUCGAUCGGGACUUUGGCAUCGACAACUUCCUGGUGCUGCGCUGCUUUUGGGCCGUGCUACAUCAGUGACUUUGUCUUGGUUCUCGGGCCUGGUGCGCUUCAUCCUUGCCUUUGACUUGACCCUCGGGCUCGCUGCUGCGCUUUGCUCCUGCCCUUUGUCCUGGUGCCUGAAUCCAUUGCGGUGGCACUACACCCUUGCCGGCGACUUGGUUGUCGGGCACUGCUGA